AUGUCCAGUUGGAAUAUUGUAACAUGCCGGUGGCUUGCAAGAAAUGCCAUCAAUUCUAGCCAACAGGAGACGGAGCAGAGUGUUCAGGUUGUUGAGGAUUCGGUUUCAGAGGGUGUUUCGGGGGUUGUGAGUGUUCAGGAGGCAGUGGUGAUUAAUCAGCAAGGCAAUGCUCAGGGGCCAGAAGAGAUAGAAGUGGACAGGGGGCUUUAG